AUGGAGCACUAUGCCCGGGACUAUCCUCAGCGAUCUGAUAAAGUGCAAGCUCUUGUACAGGCUCCAACUUCGGGCCCCGUUCAGCCUAUAAGGGUAGCUCAGCAACCACCUAGGGGUCAUGGUAUGGCCAGCAAUGACGAGUUUUCUUUGGAGAUUCAUGGCGUGGUAUUUUUGGCUAACCUGAUGGAAUUUUCGUUUGGAGAGUUUAAUCUGAUUUUGAGAAUGGAUUGGCUUAUGGAACAUCGGGUCAGUUUAAAUUAUGCCUCUAAGAGGGUUACUUUGAGAUUUGAUGAGGGUAGCAAGAUCAUUAUGAUCGGCGAGCAUCAAGAUUACCUUUCUAAUGUAAUCUCCACUCUUGUAGCUGAAAAGCUAGUUCGGAAAGGUUGCAAAGCAUAUCUAGCCUUUGUAUCUAGUUCUAGUUUUGCUAAGCUUUCUGCCAAAGAUGUAAGAAUUGUGAGAGGCUUUCCGAAUGUAUUCCUUGAGGAGUUGUUUGGUGUACCUCUAGACAAAGAGGUUGAAUUCGGUAUUGAGCUGUUACUGGGUACAACUCCCGUGUCCAUUGCUCCUUAUCGCAUGGCACCAAAGGAGCUUAUAGAGCUAAAAGCUCAGCUUUAG